AGCUCAGCAUCCAACCCGUGCACGUGGCAACUGAUCGCUGUAAUCAGUUUCACCUGCCGCCACAUUGCCAACACAUCCAGCUAGGUCUCGACUCCUCACUAUACCUCCGGCUGCAACAUGAAGGCAAACGAAAAUGUCGUUCUAAUUGGCGACAGAGUCGUUCUCGUUCCAUACGAAGCUGACCACGUUCCAGUAAAUCGAGAGUAAUCCUUAGUUUGAAUGUCCAGCAACUCAUUCCGUCCCUGUGAAUCUCUCACUCUGGAAGAGGAAUACGAAAUGCAACGGAAAUGGCGUGUCGAUGAGGACAAACUGACAUUCAUCAUCCUUGCUCGUAUAUCGGAAGUUCAAGGAGUGUCAGGUCAACUUGAUCCAAAGGACGAUACCAUCCGAAAUCUUCCAAUGAUCGGAGAUGUCAAUCUUUUCUUGUCUGACGAUCUAACGUCCAUCACGACUCGAGGUUUUUCUGACGAAGCUGAUGGGUUUACAGCUGAAGCUGAGAUCAUGAUUGCCGAACCCUCCUAUCGUAGAAGGGGAAUGGCGUACGAAGCUCUCCAACUUAUGUUUCGAUAUGCCACUUCCCGAAGGUCAGAAUAUUUUUCGGCAACAUCUUCACCCGCCGUUACCUCACCAUCGGAUCUCGAAUUCCCGUCGUUACCCACUCCGAUUUCUCCUCGAUCUCUUCUCACCCGAAUCACGGAAAGUAAUGAAGCAAGCAUCAGGCUUUUUCAGAAACUCGGAUUUGAGGUCACGAAACGAGUCGAGGUGUUCGGGGAAGUAGAAAUGCGGUGGCGGCAGCGUAGCUAAUUAUAACUUAGGUAUCUUUGUUAUUCAGGUUAUAAAAAGCUCAUCACUCGUCCCCGCUGUUCCAAUUCAGAAGCUGGACUGGCUGGACUGGCUGGACGGGAGGGCUGGUGGCUGUUUC